CUUAGUGUCAUCUAAUCUCUCUCUGUGUGUGUGUGACAGUUUCGCACAAGAUCGUCACGACAAGAGAGAGAGAGAAAAUAUAUAUAUACAUGGAAAACUCUGGAGAGAGUUGACAUCGCUAUAAAGAGGUAUUGUAUAUGACUACAGUAUUUUACAGGAUACUGAACUGUGUGCUCAAAUAACUUUCAGUGCUCUUUGGAACUAUUUCGAACUUUGGAACUGGAUUUCGAACUUUGGAACCGGAUUUAGAGCUUUGGAACUGGAUUUAGAGCUUUGGAACUUUAUUUAGAACUUUGGAACUUGAUUUAGAGCUUUGGAACUGGAUUUAGAACAUUGGAACUGGAUUUGGAAUUUUGGAACUCUCGAUUUUUGAUUUCCAUAAUCUCGAUCAAGUUCAACCCGUGGAAUUAUUUUGUGGAGAGAGAGCUUCGGUCUCACUCAGAUUUCCUUGCUGUCGAAGUUUCUAUUGGAUUAAUCCUUUAACUUUAACACCCCAUCGGCCUAGGUUAUUUAGGGCCAAUUCCAAUUUCUUUUUUGGGAUAAAAACUUGUUGGCAGCCGUUGGAGUUCUAACCCUUUCUGGAGUUUUAAUGUAACGGUUGAGUUGUUUUUUUAAUGUUAUCAAAUAUUUCACCAUAUCCCCUUGGUUAGUUUCUCAACCCGAACCCAAUCAUUAGCGUCACAUCUCCUCUGAAUAACGGUUCCGUUAAUAGCUCAAUCUGAUCGCCUAACACUUGCGCACAGUGGUGCAUGUGAGUGUUGGCAGUUGACAUCGUUAACCAACCGGGUCUCGGUUUGUGUAGCCGACAUCUGUUUUGUGGAUCUUCUGAGAGUUUCUCUUAAAACCCCCAUGAUGUUGCUCCUUUCCCCGGUUCUCCUCCUUCUGCUCCGCGGGGUCUUAUUCGAGGCUUCGCAGGGCAUCAUCCAGGACAGCGGCUACUAUCACCACAAUGACCCGGCACUCGGACUCACCUUUGCCGGCCAAAGAACGGUGUUCGACUCGACAGACCCAUGCCUGGUGGUGUCACCUCCCUGUAUGAACGAGGCAGACCGAUACAGUCUGGAGGCUCUGAGGAACAUCCACAGAGAGAUGGACGACGACCAGGAUGGAGGGAUAGAGGUGGAGGAGAGCGUGGAGUUCAUCAUGGAGGACAUGAAGCAGCAGCAGACCAACAAACACAGCCAUCUUCACAGAGAGGACCAACACAUCACCAUAGAGGAACUAUGGAGGGGCUGGAAGUUCUCAGAAGUCCAUAACUGGACUCAGGAUGAGGUGUUGAGGUGGCUCAGGGAGUUUGUAGAGCUGCCUCAAUACGAGAAGAACUUUAAAGACUUCAGAGUCAACGGCAACACCCUCCCCAGGAUAGCAGCCAAUGAGCCGUCGUUCCUGAGUGGCCAGCUGAAGAUCCUGGACCAGAGAGACAAACAGAAACUCAACAUCAAGGCUCUGGACGUGGUGCUGUUUGGUGCUCCUAUACGCCCACCCCAUAACUACAUGAAGGACUUGUUGCUGCUAGUGUCUGUGAUGAUGGGUGUAGGAGGCUGCUGGUUCUCCCAGGUCCAGAACAAAGCUUCUAAAGUCCACAUCUCCAAGAUGAUGAAGGACCUGGAGAGUCUGCAGAGUGCUGAGCUCAGCCUCAGAGAACUACAGGAGCAGCUGGAGCAGGCCCAGGAGGAGAAGCGUAACGUGGCGGAGGAGAAACAGAACCUGGAGGAGAAGAUGAGGGAUGAGAUCAUGGGAGCCCAGGAGGAGGCGCACAGACUCCAUCGGCUCAGAGCUGGAGCCGUCAGUCAACUGAGCAGACUGAGAUACGCAGAGGAGGAGCUGGAGCAGGUUCGGGGAGCAUUAAAGAAGGCAGAGAAGGACAUGAUGGCUUACUGGUCUGUCCCGGAGGCCCUACAGCUCUGGCUGCAGCUGACCCACGAGGUGGAGGUCCAGUACUACAACAUCAAGAAACACAGCGCUGAGCUGCAGCUGAACACGGCCAAGGAAGAGGCAGAGAAGAUCAAGAAGAAGAGGAGUUCCCUCAUGGGGACGUUCCACGUGGCUCACAGCUCCUCACUGGACGAUGUCGACACCAAGAUCCUGGAGGCCAAGAACGCCCUAUCAGAAGUCACGGCCUGCCUACGGGAGCGCCUCCACCGCUGGCAGCAGAUAGAACGUCUGUGUGGUUUCCCUCUCCUCAGGAACUCUGGCCUGGCCAGCCUGACAGCCACGCUGUAUUCAGACUCUAACUGGGUGGCGAUGCCCAGGGUGUCUGUUCCCACCUUCCCUUCCUAUCAUGAAACAAUACAAGGCUCUCUGGAGGAUCUGAUGGAAGACUCCUCAGCACCCGUCUUGGUUCCACCAAUGAAGCGCUCCCCUCGCUCUCGUGGCUCUACCUCCACCAUGUGUCGUCAACGGCGUUCUGGACACGCGUCCUCUUCCUCCUCCUCCUUCUCCGACCCUGAUAUCCUGAUCCCUAUCCACACCACGCUCCCCUGCUUUGAGGAAGAGGAGCAGAUCUUCAUCAACACCCAGCGGAGGGGAGAUUCUCAGGUAAUUUAUUCUGACAGGACCCCUCCUGUCAGCAGAAGGUCAUCAGAAACAGAAUCCCCCAUUUGUAAGAUAUCUAGAGAAGAACUGGAAGCUUCCUUGGAUGAAACCACAUCGAAGACAUCGUCUAAAGACGAGCCAGACUUUUCUUCUGUGGACAACACUGCUCCAAGGAAAAUGCAAAGAGGCAAAAGUGAGACUUCCAUGGACCCCCCCGCCAACGCAGCAGCCAAAAAGGUCUUGGGUCGUUCCAUGGACAACGUCUCAAGGAGGUCAUCCAGAGAUGAGUGUCACGAGUUUCCGUUGGAGACUCACGUCUCAAAGAAGAGGUCUCUUCUAUCUACAGACAUGAUCGGUGUGUCUCCGGACACCGGCUCCAGACAGAUGAUGAGAGAGAGCAGGGGGGAAGUCUCAUUCAACAACUCCAUGAGAGGAAGGCCCAGAGAAGAAACGGUGGCGGCCAUUGGAACUCCAACGAGAAGGAUAUCCCGAGAGGAGGUGGACCUCUUAGCCGACAGCGCUCAGAGGAGGAUGGCGAUGUCCAGAGACAAACUGACCCUUCAUCUGGACAGCAACUCUUCUCACAAGAUGCUCAGGAAGAAGAUAGAGUUCCCAGUGGAACCACCAUCCGCCGCCACGAGGAAGAUAUCGAUAGACGAACACCAUGAGAUGUGCUCUCACACUCGCAGACGAACAAACAGUGAUGAGAUUGACAGAUCCAUAGAUACUCCCACUGGAAAGAUCUACCCGGACAGGGUCGACAGGGACCCGGAAACCCCCAAACAGAGGAUAUCCAGGGAGGAGUAUGCAGAGUCGUCCCAAGUGGGUCACGGUCCGCAGGUUUUGGAUUGGGGUCAGUUCGGACAACCUGACCUCACCUUGUCCACGCCAUGGAAACAAACCCCGACCCCUGACCCUUAUACCUCCGACCACCUGACCGAACUGGUGUAUGACGGAAUUCUGGAGAAGUCCUGUAUCACCCCAGCAACGACCCCAGCAACAACCCCUGACCUGCCCCAGAGGAUCACGGAAGGAGGAGAGCGAGAAGGGAAUCCUCCUGUUCCGCCUCCGAGGAGUGGCCGGUCCCUAAACACGUUGCCCCCGGAGAUGAGAGGCGAGAGGCACCAAAAGGACAAAGACAAAAGCGCCAAGUCGUCCAAACUCAAGAACCUUUUUAAGAAGAGGAAAGAUCAUACCCCAGAACGGCCACAAGGGGGCCUGAACAAUCUCUGACCGUUAACUGGAAUUUAAACACUUUUUUAUGUUCAUUUUUUUAACCAGGGAAGUCUCUUGAGGUUAUGAAACUCUUGUUUUUUUUUUUUUAAAGAGAGAGAUCUGGAAAGACGUCAGCCAGGAAAAGCUGAGAGGAAACAUGAACAUUAGUCUUAUAGAUUUGAUUUUCUAAAAACCGGGAUUACAUGUUUGGCUGGGAUUACAUGUUUGACUGGGAUUACAUGUUUGUAAUGGCUGGGAUUGACUGGGAUUACAUGUUUGUAAUGGCUGGGAUUGGCUGGGAUUACAUGUUUGAAAGAUAAAAACAUGAGCAAUAGGAUUGAUAUAUUUUUUCAAAGCCAACAAAGAGUAAUUUUUGAAACCCAGAAAAAAUACUGUUCUGGACGAUUAAAACGCAGAUUGCCGGACAACAUGUUAUUUUGGCAAUGGCUAGUCAAUGGGCAGGUACCAAACUCUUGAGUUGACAUAGCAGUCUCUAACACUGAUUAAACUCAUACUAGACGGAAUACUCUGAAAACAGGAAGACAGUCGUUGCUAUAGUUUCGGUACCAUUUUGGUACUACAAAGCAGAAUCAAUUAACCAUCUAACUUUGAUAAAUAACCAGAAAUAACUAUUGAUUUUCUGGUUCAUUAAGAAAAGCUAAACUUAGAUAUGUGUGUCUUUGGUUGUCUUUGGUUGUUAAAGGUAUAAAAAGCUAUUUUCAUAACGUUUAGGUAAGUUAGCUGGCUAACUCAUUGAUCCUGCUUUUGUAGUAUACCCCUCUGGCCGGAUGUCCUCAGAGGGACAAAGAGGAUGAAAGGGUGUAAGAUAACCUACGGUGCCCAAAUGUUGUCUCUGCAAGGAAGUCUUAAUAAGUAGACCAAUGACGGGUGACUCGUUUCAGCUUCAUUUGGAAGCAGUGUGAUCCCAUACUAUGUUUGAUCGCCUCCUAUGUUCAGCGUUGGGUGUUUAGAGCUGAGCUUUUUAUUUCUUGACAGGGGAGCAUUUCUUCGGAGCUCUUCUCCUGUACGAUAGAAGCAACUGUAGUUUAUUUGGAUUGGGGGAGUGCAGUCACAGUGCUGUACAGUGGUUCCUAGACCUUUUUAUCAGUGCAGUCACAGUGCUGUACAGUGGUUCCUAGACCUUUUUAUCAGUGCAGUCACAGGGCUGUUCAGUGGUUCCUAGACCUUUUUAUCAGUGCAGUCACAGUGCUGUUCAAUGGUUCCUAGACGGUUUCCUCAGUGCAGUCACAGGGCUGUUCAGUGGUUCCUAGACCUUUUUAUCAGUGCUGUUCAGUGGUUCCUGGACGGUUUCCUCAGUGUAGUCACAGGGCUGUUCAGUGGUUCCUAGACCUUUUCCUCAGUGCAGUCACAGGGCUGUUCAGUGGUUCCUAGACCUUUUUAUCAGUGCUGUUCAGUGGUUCCUGGACGGUUUCCUCAGUGUAGUCACAGGGCUGUUCAGUGGUUCCUAGACCUUUUCCUCAGUGCAGUCACAGGGCUGUUCAGUGGUUCCUAGACCUUUUUGUCAGUGCAGUCACAGUGCUGUUUAAUGGUUCCUAGACCUUUUCCCCAGUGCAGUCACAGGGCUGUUCAGUGGUUCCUAGACCUUUUUAUCAGUGCAGUCACAGGGCUGUUCAGUGGUUCCUAGACCUUUUCCCCAGUGCAGUCACGGAGCUUUGCUUGGGGGAGAUUUCUAGUAUGUGUACGGUUGCAACAUUUAGAUAACUUUCCCAAAUUCCCAGAUUUUCCUGGAAUCCUGGUCAGAAGAUUCCCAGAAUCUAGAGGGAAAAUCGGGAAUAUUCCAACCAGGAUUCCUGGAAAACCUGGAAAUGAAUGUUUAAAAAAAAAAUUAACUAUGCUAUUCAGUUAAGAACAAAUUCUUAUUUACAAUGAUGGCCUAGGAACAGGUGGUUUAACUGUCUUGUUCAGGGGCAGAACGACAGAUUGUUUUACCUUGUCAGCUCGGGGAUUUGAUCAAGCAACCUUUCGGUUAGUGGCCCAACUCUCUAACCACUAGGCUACCUGUUGCUUUUUGUUUCUUUUGGAACUGAGCUUUGAGAAAGGAUGUGAUUUAGAAAAAAACAUAAUUAAUUAAAUGAGCUUGUUUUUGAGAAUUGUUCUGUUCUUUGUGGAAGUUCAGUUUUUCUUUUCAAGGUGAUUCGUUUACUGAUUUUAUUUGAAGGUGCCUUUGGGGGGUAGUUUCUCAAAACUUUUAUCUAAAAAAAAAUGUUCAUGACAUCUUUUACUUGUUUGUUAAUUAAAUAUAAUUUAUUUUAUUGACCGUUUUACAGUCUUAGGUUUCUAGGAUAGAGUCAAAUAUAUCUAAAGAAAGUCUUGACCAAGUCUAGGUCCUCAGAAAAGGACCUGCACUAAAAUACUUUGAAAGGAAACUUUGUAUGCAUUG